GUGCGUCUCAAGCCAUCCGGUAAAAUGGCGCCUUUGCUUUGUCUUCACUGAAAGGGUUGCUUCAAUAUUCUAACAUUUUUCUAAAAUAGAAAUGACUGAGAAUUAUCAGUUUUGCAUCUCCGGGACGACGUGCCAAAGUCAUUCAAGAAAUGACAAAAGAGUACAGUAGGUAAAAUGAGUAAGGCCUCAACUGAAUGUACAGACCAGAUGAUGGAGGAGGAAGUAGGUCAGCCUCCGAUUACAGACCAGAUGAGGGAGGAGGAGGAGGAGGAAGUAGAUCAACAUCCGAUUACAGACCAGAUGAUGGAGGAGGAACCUGGGAGCUCAGCAGAGACUGAGAGACCCUCCUCUUCUCACACCAAGAGGAAGCCUGCUGUCGCAGCCAAGCACACUGGAGGGAAUAAGUCUGACGCCUCGGACCAGAGUGGACAGGAAGAUGGGGACUCUGACAACCCCUCAGAUGAUACCACUCUGCAGGAGAGAAUAGACUGCACCGCCUGUGGACAGCAGGUUAACCACUUCCAGCGCCACUCAGUGUUUGAGCACCCCAUGCUCCAUGUGCUCCUCUGCAAGUCGUGCUAUAAGUAUUACACCAGCGAUGACAUCAAUAAAGACGAGGACGGCAUGGACGAACAGUGCAGGUGGUGUGCUGAAGGGGGCAACCUGAUCUGCUGUGACUACUGCCACAACGCCUUCUGUAAGAAGUGCGUCCUGCGUAACCUGGGGCGCAAGGAGCUGUCCAUGAUCACCGACGACGACAGUAAAUGGUCCUGCUAUAUCUGCAGCCCUCAGCCCCUCUCAGACAUCGCCUCCAACUGCUCCAACAUCAUGACCAAGCUGGAGAGCUUCUGGCGCACGGGACGCAAGAAAGGGAGGGAGGUGAAAGGGCACAGUAAGGGUAAAGGUCACCACCACCAUGGUAAAGCUGUGGUGAACGGUAAGGAGCAUUCAGACGGGUCAGGGACCCUCACCUUCUCCUAUAAGACCCUGAAGGUCCUCAAGGAGCUGGUGAAGGGGACCAAGAAGCUGAUUGAGAAGACCACAGGGCUCAACAACACCUUCAUCCAUUUCAUCCAGCAGGCUGAGGAGGAGCAGGGAGCAGGAGGAGGUGGCAGCGGGACCAGACACCUCAAGGCCUUCAGGUCUGUUUUGGCUGAUCUAAAGAAGGCCCACGCUGCCCUAGAGGAGGACUUGGAGUCACAGUUCAUUUCCCCGGACCAGGGGCUGCAGAACGGGGAUGCUGUCUCCAACACCGACGGCCACGACCAGAUUGACAACAUGGUUGAGGAUGGACAGGAGGCAGAAGAGGAUAAAAUGGCCGACACUGAAGAUGGGAAGGAGCUAGAGGAGGAUGGGGGCUUGUCAGAGGACGCAGUGAUGGAGGGGAGCCCUACGCCUCAGGACCACUCGGACACAGAGACAGACAGCCAGGCCAAAGACCAGACAGCAGUGGAGGAGGAGGAGGAGGAUGACCGGGAUAAAGACAUUGCGUCCGUCGGGCCGUCCGUCCCUGACGAGCUCUUCCAAAUGGUAGAGAGUCUGGCGGACUCCGCAGGGUUAACGCCCGGCAACGACGCCAUGGAACCCACAGCUGCUAGCCAAUCCGAGAGCCUCGCCGCCGACUCAAACAGGAAGUCACUUGAAACCCAUAAGGAGAAGGCCAUGCCCAAGGUGAAGAACCUGAUCGUGAAGCUGACGCCCGUUCCCGUGGUUACCACACGCACCUCCACGUCUAAGAGCAAUGAUAAGGAUGGAGGGAAGGAGAGGAGUAAGGAUGGAGGGAAGGAGAGGAGUAAGGAGAAGAGUGAGGUGGAAGAAGGUGGGGGCUCUGAAGAGGACAGCCGCCACUCCAGCCAGAAGAAGCUGGCGGCCAAACGCAAACUGAAAGCCGACGAUUCAGACAACUCAGAUUCCGACUCAGACGAAGACGCGAAGAAGAAGAAGUCCUCCACGGCUUCUGCCAAAAAGACAUCCAAGAAGAAGAACUCGGACGGCUCCUCUAACUCCGACUCUGACCUGGAGAAGGAGAUGAAGGGACUCAGCAAACUGGGGCCGGGGAAACGGAGGAGCAGCCGCGUGAAGAAAGAAAGAGAGGAGAAGGAGAAGAAGGGCGGGGAUCGGAGACGGUCGUACGAACUGAAACGCAAAGCCAGAGGUCGAGGAGCCAAGCAACAAGAUUCAUCGUCUGAUGACGAGGAGGAUGAGGAGGAGGGAGGAGGAGGUUCUGGAGAGGAGAGUGGAGACCAGCAGAAGAUGAAACCCAUCGUGGAGGAGACGGUGGUAGCAGGGAGGGGAACCUUCCGCCAGUCCUCAGGAGAUGAAGGUAACCAUGACGCCUCUCAGAUGGCUGAUGAGGAGGACGAUGAUCCAGAGAACAGAAUUGCCAAGAAGAUGCUGGCCCAGAUCAAGGCUAACUACUCUUCAGGAGCGGAGGAGAGCUCUGACGAGGACGGAGAAGAGAAGGAACAGAAGAAGGGGAAGGGAGGCGAGGAGGAGGAGGAGGAAGAAGACGAUGAUGACGAAGGGGGCUCUGACGUGGACGCGAAGAAGAGUGUGGGGCGUCGCCACCGGCUGCUCCCCCACAAACUGACGCUGUACGAAGUGGAGUCGGGAGAGAAGGAGAAACCAGCCAGCAAGGGGAAGAAGGAGACCAAGAGGAACAGACGGAAAGUGGGUAGUGAUGACUCAGCAGACUCAGACUUUAAGGAGUCAGCGAGCAGCAGUGAGUCAGGAGUUAGUGAGGAGAUCAGUGAGAAGGAAUCGUCGUCAGAGGAGGAGUCGGAGUCUGAGAAGGAAGUCAGUGGCCACAGGAGGAUCACGCGCUCCUCCGAGAAGAAGAAGAAGAAGAAGAAGAAGGAGGAGAGGAGCUUCGCCCAGAAGAAGAAACGGCGCCGCAUCAAGGUCCAGGAUUCUUCAUCUGACGAGAAGAGCGGGUCAGGAGAGGACGGCUCGGGGAAGGAGGAUGGAGACACACCUAAAGGACAGAGGAAGAAGAUCAGAAAAAUCCUCAAGGACAACAAGCUGAGGAUGGAAACGAGGGAUGCCCUGAAGGAGGAGGAGGAGAGGAGGAGACGCAUCUCUGAGAGGGAGCAGCUCGGGGAGAAACUCCGAGAGACUCUAUAUGUCCCUCCCGACCAGGUACUCGUGGUGGAGGAGGCGUCCGCCGUGGCUUGUCCAAUCACAACCAAGCUGGUGCUGGAUGUAGACGAGGAGACCAAGGAGCCCAUGGUGCAGGUCCACCGCAAUCUGGUCACUAAACUCAAACCACACCAGGUCGACGGAGAUGAAGGUAACCAUGACGCCUCUCAGAUGGCUGAUGAGGAGGACGAUGAUCCAGAGAACAGAAUUACCAAGAUGCUGCUGGCACAGAUCAAGGCUAACUACUCUUCAGGAGCGGAGGAGAGCUCUGACGAGGACGGAGACGGAGAAGAGAAGGAACAGAAGAAGGGGAAGGGAGGCGAGGAGCAGGAGGAGGACGACGAUGAUGAUGAAUGGGGCUCUGGCUCUGACGUGGACGUGAAGACGAUUGUGGGGCGUCGCCACAAACGGACGCUGUACGAAGUGGAGUCGGGAGAGGAGAAGGAGAAACCAGCCAGCAAGGAGAAGGAGACCAAGAGGACCAGACGGAAAGUGGGUAGUGAUGACUCAGCAGACUCAGACUUUAAGGAGUCAGCUAGCAGCAGUGAGUCAGGAGUCAGUGAGGAGAUCAGUGAGAUGGAGGAGUCGUUGUCAGAGGAGUCGGAGUCUGAGAAGGAAGGCGGUAGCCACAGGAGGACCACUCGCUCCUCCGAGAAGAAGAAGAAGAAGAAGAAGAAGGAGGAGAGGAGCUACGCCCAGAAGAAGAAACGGCGUCGCAUCAAGGUCCAGGAUUCUUCAUCUGACGAGAAGAGCGGGUCAGGAGAGGACGGCUCGGGGAAGGAGGAUGGAGACACACCUAAAGGACAGAGGAAGAAGAUCAGAAAAAUCGUCAAGGACGACAAGCUGAGGAUGGAAACGAGGGAUGCCCUGAAGGAGGAGGAGGAGAGGAGGAGACGCAUCUCUGAGAGGGAGCAGCUCGGGGAGAAACUCCGAGAGACUCUAUAUGUCCCUCCCGACCAGGUACUCGUGGUGGAGGAGGCGUCUGCCGUGGCUUGUCCAAUCACAACCAAGCUGGUGCUGGAUGUAGACGAGGAGACCAAGGAGCCCAUGGUGCAGGUCCACCGCAAUCUGGUCACUAAACUCAAACCACACCAGGUCGACGGGGUCCAGUUCAUGUGGGACUGCUGUUGUGAGUCGGUGAAGAAAACCAGCAAGAACUCUGGUUCUGGAUGUAUCCUGGCUCACUGUAUGGGCCUGGGAAAAACACUGCAGGUGGUAACCCUACUCCACACACUACUGCUGUGUGAAAAGUUAGACUUUUCCACGGCUCUGAUCGUCUGUCCUCUCAACAACGUUCUCAACUGGCUCAAUGAGUUUGAGAAGUGGCCGUACGGCUUCAAGGACAAGGAGAGUUUAGAGGUGACGGAGCUGGCCACGGUGAAGCGACCUCAGGAGAGAGCGGCUGCUCUGCAGCAGUGGCAGGAGGAUGGGGGGAUCAUGAUCAUUGGCUAUGAGAUGUACCGUAACCUCACACAGGGUAGAAACAUCAAGAGCAAGAAACUCAAAGAGACCUUCCAGAAGACCCUGGUUGACCCAGGCCCAGACUUUGUGAUCUGUGAUGAGGGCCACAUCUUGAAGAACGAGGCGUCGGCCAUCUCUAAAGCCAUGAACUCCAUCAAGACCCGACGGAGAGUGGUGCUCACCGGCACACCGCUGCAGAACAACCUCAUAGAGUGUAUGUCCGUUACUUCCUGUUAUAUCCAGACCGCUAGCCUACAGGGCAUUGGGAAAGUAUUCUGACCCCUGCACUCUUAACACAUUUUGUUACGUUACAGCCUUACUCUAAAAUGGAUUCCCCCCUCAUCAAUCUACACAUAAUACCCAUAAUGACAAUGCCAAAACAGGUUUAGACAUUUUUGCUAAUUCAUAAAAAAUACACAACUGAAAUUUUACAUUUAGUAUUCAGACCCUUUACUCAGUACUUUGUUGAAGCACCUUUGGCAGCGAUUACAGCAUCAAGUCUUCUUGGGUAUGACGCUUCAAGCUUGGUACACCUGUAUUUGGGGAGUUUCUCCCAUUCUUCUCUGCAGAUCCUCUGGUUGGUGGGGGGCCCAAGCCCUCCCAGGUCCACCCAUGACUGUGCCCCUGCCCAGCCAAGUGAAAUCCAUGGAUUAGGGCCCAAUUAAUUUAUUUAAAUUGAUGUUCUUUCUAUGAACUGUAUCUCAGUCAAAUAUUAGAAAUUGUUGCGUGUUGAUUUUGUUCAAUAUAGUAAGUUAUAUGGACUCUUGUGUUAAAUAGUAGGGGUUGACAUAAUUGUUUCCAUGACUACCCCUUCCUCUGUCCCCCAUACAUACAGUUGAAGUUGGAAGUUUACAUACACCUUAGCCAAAUACAUUUAAACACAUUUUUUUCACAAUUCCUGACAUUAAAUCCUAGUAAAAGUUCCCUGUCUUAGGUCAGUUAGGAUCACCACUUUAUUUUAAGAAUGUGAAAUGUCAGAAUAAUAAGAGAAUGAUUUAUUUCAGCUUUUAUUUCUUUCAUCACAUUCCCAAUGGGUCAGAAGUUUACAUACACUCAAUUAGUAUUUGGUAGCAUUGCCUUUACAUUUUUUAACUUGGGUCAAACAUUUCGGGUAGCCUUCCACAAGCUUCCCACAAUAAGUUGGGUGAAUUUUGGCCCAUUCCUUCUGACAGAGCUGGUGUAACUGAGUCAGGUUUGUAGGCCUCCUUGCUCACACACGCCGUUUCAGUUCUGCCCACAAAUGUUCUAUAGGAUUGAGGUUAGGGCUUUGUGAUGGUCACUCCAAUACCUUGACUUUGUUGUCCUUAAGCCAUUUUGCCACAACUUUGAAAGUAUGCUUGGGGUCAUUGUCCAUUUGGAAGACCCAUUUUCGACCAAGCUUUAACUUCCUAACUGAUGUCUUGAGAUGUUGCUUCAAUAUAUACACAUAAUUUUCCUCCCUCAUGAUGCCAUCUAUUUUGUGAAGUGCACCAGUCCCUCCUGCAGCAAAGCACCCCCACAACAUGAUGCUGCCACCCCCGUGAUUCACGGUUGGGAUGGUGUUCUUCGGCUUGCAAGCCUCCCCCUUUUUCCUCUAACCAUGGUCAUUAUGGGCAAACAUGUCUAUUUUUGUUUCAUCAGACCAGAGGACCUUUCUCCAAAAAGUAUAAUCUUUAUCCCCAUGUGCAGUUACAAACCGUAGUCUGGCUUUUUUAUGGCGGUUUUGGAGCAGUGGCUUCUUCCUUGCUGAAUGGCCUUUCAGGUUGUCGAUAUAGGACUCGUUUUUACUGUGGAUAUAGAUACUUUUGUACCUGUUUCCUCCAGCAUCUUCACAAGGUCCUUUGCUGUUCUUGGAUUGAUUUGCACUUUUUGCACCAAAGUACGUUCAUCUCUAGGAGACAGAACGCGUCUCCUUCCUGAGCGGUAUGACGGCUGCGUGGUCCCAUGGUGUUUAAAGAAGCACUGAGUUUGAAGGUAGGCCUUGAAAUACAUCCACAGGUACACCUCCAAUUGACUCAAAUGAUAUCAAUUAGCCUAUCAGAAGCAUCUAAAGCCAUGACAUAAUUUUCUGGAAUUUUCCAAGCUGUUUAAAGGCACAGUUAACUUAGUGUAUAUAAACUUCUGACCCACUAAAAUUGUGAUACAGUGAAUUAUAAGUGAAAUAAUCUGUUAACAAUUGUCGGGAAAAUUACUCGUGUCAUGCACAAAGUAGAUCUCCUAACCGACUUACCGAAACUAUAGUUUGUUUACAAACUAGAGAUUUGUGGAGUGGUUGAAAAACGAGUUUUAAUGACGCCAACCUAUGUGUGUGUAAACUUCCGACUUCAACUGUACGCACGCACCACUUUGCAGUUAUUAUUUUAAACACGCAAUUUUUUUCAUUUCUCUUCACCAAUUUUGUGACUUUUGUGUUUGUCCAUUACAUAAAAUCAAUUUAAAUCACAGGUUGUAAUGCAACAAAAUAGGAAAAACACCAAGGGGGGUGAAUACUUUUCCAAGGCACUGUAUGUGACCGACAUCUGAUUGGAUACUGUUCUACAUAUCAUUUUUUAAAUUUAACACGGCAAGUCAGUUAAGAAGAAACUCUGAUUUAUAAUGACAUCCUACUGGGGAACAGUGGGUUAAACUGCCUUGUUCAGGGGCAGAACAACAGAUUUUUACCUUGUCAGCUCAGGGAUUCAAUCCAGCAACCUUUCAGUUACUGGGCCAACGCUCUAACCACUAGGCUACCUAUCAUUAUCAGUAUAUCUGCUGUACAUAUCAUUCAUAGUAUAUCUUGUGUAAAUUAAUCCAGUGUAGAUUGCAUUUGGAUUACUGUUAUUUGGCUUGUUAAUUAGAUUCGUUCUGACAUUUCUUGUUUUUUAAAAUUGAUUAUUUGUGUGCCAGUUUGCCAUUUUUAUGCAUUGUUAGGCGCUAUAACAUCUGCUAAACUGUGUAGGCGACCAAUAAGCUUUUGUUUUGACCUUGGGACACAACCUCAAUGCAACCACACAGCCCUUGGCCGCUCCGUCAGCCUACACCCUCAUCUGACUGCGCCUGGCGACACAGACUUGUAAUGGACUAUGAAUUAAAUAUAGACAACACUGACCCCCAGUGGACUGCUAUCUAAAUGACAUGUUGUACAGUCAACCUCGGUGCCGGUUAGUUAGCGACUCGUCAAACCCGAGAUAACCGGAACACAGCAUGGAUUAGGCUGCAUUCAAAUCAGGGACGUCUCUAGAGAUUCAUGGAUAGGGGGGUUUGGGAUACUCCCUGUCCGUUUUAUUGUUAGCUAGCAGUCUCAAGACACAGAAGUAGCUACAUUUAACCAAAAUGUUAGCUACAAGUAGGCCUAACGGUGCAUGUACACUAGAUAACGGUACAUUUUCGGUUGUGCGUUAGGAAUUCACCAUAGCAAUUUUGUAUGAAGGUCUGGUUAUUAAGUUCAAUAGUAAUAUCCUCUAAAACGCCCUGGUGACAAACUUUGCUGCUCUGUUUCCAAAUGUCCACAUGGCUGGGUGAACCUAUUCAAGUAAGUAAAUAUAUUUCAGAAAUGUUAAAAAAAAAAAAACGAUGUAUUAUUAGCUAACUAGCUACAGCGCAGGCUAACUCAAAUUAGCUGCUAAAUGAGCUAGCUAUCUAGCCAACUUCACAUAUGGUAUAAUGUUAGCUAGCUAAGUUAAUUAAGUAUCAGCAGCUAGCUAUUUUGAUGCAUUUGUAGCUAACAGCCGUGGAGGAUAACAGCCCCAACUGUCAAAGUGGGAGAGGAGGCUAUUCUGGAAAGGGCAGGUACUCGUUCCUGUCCCUAGAAGUGAGGACAGAGAUAAUAGAAACAUAAUAUUCAGUGCAGUAUAAUUUGACCAGAAUGAAGUCUGUUUUUUUGUCCACAUAUGAAGAGCAGUGGUUCUCAGUCCUGGGUUCUCAAAAGGGGUGCACAUUUUAGUUUUUGCCUUAGCAGUAGUAGUAGUAACUUAGCACUGCUCAGUUGAUCAACUCAGGAUGCCAACUCCCAGUUCUAUCAUCACCACCACACCCGCUUUUAAGAUAACCUUUGGGCUGUCGAGAGAUACUUUUGUGAUGAACUGAGAAUAUUUAGGUAGCACUGUGAUUCAUAUGCUGUUUCCCCUUUUACACCUCCCGCCACCUCUUUUCUUCCUCUGUUUUUAUAAUGAAGUACAGAUUGAACUUGUAUUUAUAACACUUGGAUAAUGAGCUUUUCAAUAAAGAAUUUUACAUUCCCUA